AUGCACCUCCGUCUCCCUCACCUCCUCUGGCUCUGCCAUCUCACCACCGCCUCCCUCCUCACCAUCACCAUCCCCCCCUCCACCAACCUCCCCAAUCCGCAUGUCCUCCCCGCAACCACCCAUGCAACCCUCACCACGCUCCCCGCCGCUGGCGCCGGUGAUCGCGACCCUCCACAUAUCCUGACCACCUCACUCACCCGUGGCGCCACCCUCGUCUUCCCCGAUCUCCCCGCCGGUCAUCCCGAGUCGUACCUGUUGGAUAUCCGCGCGAGCGAGUACGUUUUUGCCCCGUACCGCGUCGACGUGGCCGCCGAUGGAUCGGUCAUGGGUAUUUGGGAGACGUUUCGCGGAAAUCCGUGGGACAAUCGCGGUGCAGAGAAGUAUAUGGCGAAUGUGGCGGAUGCGAAUGCGAAUCCGCGCGGGGAUGUGUUGAUUGAGGCGAAACUGUUGGGGAAAAAGGCUUUUUAUGAAGAGCGUGCUACAUUCUCCCCAUUAAGUCUGCUGAAGAAUCCAAUGAUUCUGAUGGCUGUCGUCGCUCUCGUCUUGACCUUUGGCAUGCCCAAGUUGAUGGAGAAUAUGGACCCUGAAAUGCGCGCCGAAUUUGAACAACAAUCCCGCAAAUCCCCCUUGACCGGUGCCACCAACAACGCCAUCGCCGGAGGAGGGUUCGAUCUCGCGGGCUGGAUGGCCGGGACCGCCCCGAGUCCGAUGGCGAUCGCCCAGGCCCGCGAGGCUCAGGAACGCGAACGGACACGAGACAGUGCGACAGGCCGUGAGGCAAAUUCGGGGAAUGUGCGGAAGCGCGGUUAA